AUGGAAUUGGAGGAGGAUGAGUAUGUGGAGUAUGUCCCCGUCGCAAAGCGCCGAGCUCUGGAGGCGAAAAAAACCCUUCUUCGACAUCAGCGGAAGGGAAAGCCGAUUAGGGAUACUGGUAGUAGUUGUGCUUUGGGAGAUGAAACCCUCGACGACGACGACGACUCGCCGCCGUCUUCGUCUGCCAAUAAACCACCGGCUGCUGAAUCAAAACCACCACCAAGUCUUCUUGUUCAAGCAACGCAGCUCAAGCGCAAGCAACCCGCAAUCACUCGGGCAGAGCAGCUCGUUCAACAAGAAAUCGAGAUCAUACAAGACUUGUUAUCAUCAGGCAGAAAACCCCUAAUGUCCGUCAGCGAACUGGCCAAGGGAAUCGCCUAUACCGAGCCGCUGCCGACCGGAUGGAAACCCCCGCUUCGUUACCGGAGAAUGCCCAGCGAGGAUCGCGAUGCCAUUCGGAAACAAUGGCACAUUGUAGUAGAUGGAGAAGAGAUCCCUCCACCGGUAAGUAACUUCAGAGACAUGAAGUUCCCCGAUCCAAUUCUCGAGGUGCUGAAGGUCAAGGGGAUUUCUCGGCCCACUCCGAUUCAGCUGCAGGGGCUUCCUGUUGUCUUGUCCGGAAGGGAUAUGAUUGGGAUUAGCUCGACGGGUUCCGGGAAGACGCUCGUUUUCGUCCUCCCGUUGAUCAUGAUUGCUUUACAGGAGGAAUGGAUGAUGCCUGUUGGGCCUGGGGAAGGGCCGUUGGGGUUGAUAGUCUGCCCGACGAGGGAACUCGCUAGGCAGACGUACGAUGUGGUCCAGCAGUUUUUGGCACCGAUGGCGGAGAAUGUUGGCUAUCCUGAACUAAGGUGUUUGCUCGGUAUAGGAGGAAUCGAUAACCGAUUGGAGUUGGCAUCGGUUGUGAAGAACAAAGGUGUGCACAUUGUUGUUGCGACUCCUGGGAGGUUGAAAGAUAUGCUGGCGAAGAAGAAGAUGAGGCUGGACAUUUGCAGGUUCUUGACAUUGGAUGAAGCAGACAAGCUGGUGGAUGGGGAUUUUGAGGAUGUCACCAGGGACAUAUUCGACCACUUGAAAGGGCAAAGGCAGACCCUUCUAUUCUCCGCCACCAUGCCCACCAAAGUGCACGAGUUUGCUCGAAGAGCGCUGGUGAAGCCGGUGACGGUGAGCGUGGGGAGAGCUGGUGCAGCAAAUCUGGACGUGAUUCAGGAAGUUGAGUAUGUGAAGCAGGAAGCCAAGAUUGUGUACCUUCUCGAGUGCUUGCAGAAGACUCCACCCCCGGUCGUGGUAUUCUGUGAAAACAAUGCUGCCGUGUGUAAAGUCCAUGAGUAUCUCCUUGUGAAGGGAGUCGAUGCCGUCUCUUUUUAUGGGAAGGAGAUGGAGCAGACGGAUAGGGACCGUGCGGUUGCGUUGUUUAAAGCGGGAAAGAAAGACGUCUUGGUUGCUACUGAUGGUGCCUCCAAGGGUUUGGAUUUCCCCAACAUUCAGCAUGUGAUCAACUACGACAUGCCGGCAGAGAUAGAGAACUAUGUCCAUAGGAUUGGACGAACUGGGAGAUGUGGUAAGACUGGGCUUGCUACCACGUUUAUAAACUCGCAGCAGAGCGAGACGACGCUCCUUGAUCUGAAGCACCUGUUGCAAGAAGCAAGACAGAGGAUUCCACCUGUUCUUGCAGAAUUGAGUGACCCAGUGGAGCUUGGUGUGGUUGGUACCGCUGCCAACGCUGAUGGUUGCGCUUACUGUGGUGGUCUUGGCCAUCGAAUCAGCUCCUGUCCGAAGCUGGAGCAACAAAGAAGCCAGCAGCUAGCUAGCUUAAGAAGUAGGGAUUACUUUGGUUCUGGAGGGUAUAGAGGAGAGAUGUGA